AUGAUAACAGGCUUUCCUUUAACAUCAGUAACACUUCAUUGUGAAAACAAACGCUGACGGCGAAUAUACGUGUUAUUUCUCCACUGGCUUUUCCUCUGCUAGGUAAGAGGAAAUUAAAAAGAGAGAAUUUUCCUUUCGGUGUGAAACAUGGCAGACAGGAUCACGGAAAUCGUGCAUUUGGUUCGCAACGUGUGUGAGGAAGAAAACUUGCGUGUGACCCUCAAGAAUUCCUUGAAAAAUGGCCUUGCGGCUGGUAUUGGUGGAACUAUCGGCUGCAUUUUGGGUGGACCAUGGGGAGGAGUACCAGGUGCUGCCAUAGGAGCUGCUGUAGCUGCAACAAUUGGGGAAGAGUUCAAACCUUUGGCACAAGUGAUCGCCGAGUGGCCUGAUGAAGCCAAGCAACAUCUGGCAGAUAAUAUUGAAAGCAUCAUGCGGCGGGUAGACGCAAGGGACGUCGCAACCCUUGCCGCGAUGAUAGCUGGGGCAACCCCGGCUCUGAGAGCAGAAAUUAUUGCAGCUGUUGUUGACUUUUGCCAAAAUGAGAUGAGCCUACAGAUUACCGGAAGAUAGCUGACAGAAAGUUGAAUAGAUUUUUAACAGAUUUUUAUAAACUUUUUUGAUUUUAUACAUAGACCUUUUGAAUUUAUAGUAUGCAAAAGAAAUUGCAAAAUUGAUCCAUACAUUUGAUUGUGAGAUGUGCUUAAUCAAACAACAAACAAACAACUUAAAACAAAUAUCGGAGAUCUCAACUUUCUUAUUAACUCUGCUUUUGAAAAAGACGUGUCUCGGAAAUAAAAAAGCAGAAGUGAUUUCGGAAGAGCUUGUUAUACAAAGUGUAAUAACUAAUGUUUGGUAUGGCAGAGCCUCAACCCAGGGAUUGGAGGUUCCGAGACUCCCUUUUGAGCAAGCAUCCACCAAGUUUGGUGACCUGAUGUUAAUAAAACCUGUGAUUAAUCAA